AUGACGGAGAGCUUGGAGACGGGGAGGGAGGAGUACACCAAGGACGGCUCAGUGGACCUGCGCGGAAAUCCAGCUCGCAGAUCCAAGAGCGGGGGAUGGACUGCCUGUUCUUUCGUCGUAGGUAGGUGACUCACUGAAUCGGCCGACUUCUCCCUCCUCCCGCCCCUGACCCAAAAUCUUAACUGGGAUUUGAUUCCCAUCAGGUCUUGUUCUGGAGAGGAAACCUCUCUCUCUCUCUCUCUCUCUCUCUCUCUCUCUGUGUCUCUCUGUAUGUUGGGGUCUCCCGGUGUGGUUCUGCCGUGGCAUCUUCUCUUUCUUGUUAUCGCAAUUCAAACAGAGAAAGGAUCUGAUCCAUGCUCAAACAGAGUUGCCUCUUGUCUUCAUACCAGCGUCCUACAGAAACGAGGGCUCGGCCCCCUGGAAUCUCCUUCAUUCUCCACCCUCAAUCUGUCUCACAGACUGUACAAAGCUCUUACCUUCACAGUCUUCCCCGACUCUUCCAUACUUCAUCAUUUGGCCGAAUCUUUUCCGGUUUCCAUCGCCGAAUGUGUCGUUUUCUGUCGUCUUCCUUGACUAUUAUAGUCUCCAUGCGACGGAUAUGUUAUCGGGGGAAGGCAUCUCUCCCUCUCUCUCUCUCUCCCUCUCUCUCUCUCUCUCUCCCCCUCUCUCAGAAGAGACUCGUCGUGAGCAGGUCUCACUGAGAAGCAUCGCCUUCCUCGGGAGGCCAGGAACCCCGAGGAUUGGCCUCUCUCGGGAUCGUUCAUUUUCCAGAGCAAACUCUCAUGGAAAUUACUUCCAUCCUCCGUUUGCUGUGUUUCUGCAAACCAUUGAUGUCGCGCCCGGAAGCUACGCAGAGACCGCGUAGCUCGCACUUACGGAGAAGCCCACCGCCUGACGAAGAACAGCAUUUAUAACUCGUGACGUCCUUCUGGUGCAGUGUAUGAGGUGUUCGAGAGAAUGGCCUACUACGGGGUCUCGACCAACCUCGUCAUCUACCUCAGCACGAAGCUCCACAUGGGCACCGUCUCCUCCUCCAACAACGUCACAAACUGGGUCGGCACCGUCUGGAUGACUCCCAUCCUUGGCGCUUACGUUGCAGACGCCCACCUCGGCCGCUACUGGACCUUCAUCGUCUCCUCCAUCAUCUACCUCUCGGUAAAUUUCCUUCCUUCCCCGAUAAUUCGCUCCUCUCUCUCUCUCUCUCGUCUGGUCUACUUAAUGGAGAGACUGUGAGGUUAUUUACAGUAAGGGGACCAUUCACCGAUGAUUCGCGCGGAAAAGAGAAUGGAAUCACCGCACAGGUCCUCGGGUGAAAGGAGACUGUAGAAGAAUAACGCUAUGAGUCGUCCAUGUCCUGCCAUAAGAGGGCUUGACCUGGUCCAACCUUAUCAUUCUCCCCCAUCCCACUGCCACUUGUUAACUUACUGGCCCUACUCCAACUAGCUGUCGUAGACGUAGAAACACAGCUAUGUACACAGCAACACAGAGACAGAGAGAGCGAGAGAGAGCGAGGGGGAGAGAGAGAGAGGGGCCCAUGGUCAAAAUUUCUCCCUCCUAACAUGACCAAAGCUUGGUGGUGGUUGACGAGGCUUCCCACUUUGACGUUGACGACUACAGGGAAUGUGCUUGCUGGUCCUGGCUGUGUCCCUCCCCGCGCUGAAGCCGCCAGUCUGCAGCAACAUCGCAGACCCCAGCGGCUGCGAGAAGACCUCCACGCUGCAGCUAGGGUUCUUCUUCUUCGCGCUCUAUUUGCUGGCGGUGGGCACCGGCGGCACGAAGCCGAAUAUCUCGACCAUCGGUGCCGACCAGUUCGACGAAUUCGACCCCAAGGAGAAGUCCCAUAAGCUCUCCUUCUUCAACUGGUGGAUGUUCAGCAUCUUCAUCGGCACCCUCUUCGCAAACUCCGUCCUCGUCUACAUUCAGGACAAUGUCGGCUGGACCGUGGGCUACACCCUUCCCACGGUGGGCCUCGCCAUCUCCAUCGUCAUCUUCCUCGCCGGCACCCCGUUCUACAGGCACAAGAUCCCUGCGGGGAGCCCGUUCACGAGGAUGACAAGGGUCAUCGUGGCCGCCGUGAGGAAGUCCAGAGUGCGCCUCCCCGACGACCCAAAGGAACUCCACGAGCUCGACGGGGAGACGUACGCCAAGAAGGCCAGGUUCCGAAUCGACUCUACCCCUUCACUCAGGUCGGUAGCAUCAUCUCAGUGUUCCCAUCUCUGCGAAAUCUGAUCCACCGUUUAAAAGAACCAUCUCCUGGUUGCUGGUUAUUGGUUAGGCUGUUGAACAAAGCCGCGGUGAGGACGGGGUCUACGUCGGUGUGGUCUCUGUCCACAGUGACGCAGGUGGAGGAGACGAAGCAGAUCCUCCGGAUGAUCCCAAUUCUGUUCGCGACGUUCAUACCCAGCAUCAUGCUGGCGCAGGUAAACACCCUCUUCAUCAAGCAGGGCGUGACGCUUGACAGGAGAAUGGGGCCGCACUUCAAGAUCCCCGCCGCCAGCCUGACGGUCUUUGUUACCCUGUCCAUGCUCGUCUCUGUCGCCCUCUACGACCGCUACUUCGUCGCGAUCAUGCGGCGGUGGACCGGGAACCCUAGGGGGAUCUCCCUCCUGCAGAGAAUCGGCGUCGGCUUCGUCCUGCACAUCAUCAUCAUGGCCGUGGCCUCACUGACAGAGCGCAGGAGGCUGGCGGUCGCGAGGGCCAGCGGCGUGGUGGAGACCGGCGGCCAGGUUCCCCUCACCAUCUUCGUCCUCCUGCCUCAGUUCGUCCUCAUGGGGGUCGCCGACGCCAUCCUGGAGGUGGCGAAGAUAGAGUUCUUCUACGACCAGGCCCCAGAGAGCAUGAAGAGCCUGGGGACCUCCUACGCCUUGACCACUAUCGGCGUAGGGAGCUUCCUCAGCAGCAUCCUCCUCUCCAGCAUGGCGAGCCUCACCCGGCGGAACGGCCACCGGGGGUGGAUCCUCAACAACCUCAACGCCUCCCGCCUGGACUACUACUACGCCUUCUUCGCCGUCCUCAACGGCGUUAACUUCAUCUUCUUCCUCAUCGUCUGCAAGUUCUACGAGUACCGGGCGGAGACCUCCGAGUCCGCCGGCGUCCUCGCGGGAGAUCGAGGCCUGGUGAUCUUGAACGAGUGCAAGAACGGAGAGCCCGCUGGUUGA